CAACUCAAAGGAGCUUGUGGGUAUGUUGACCAUCACAAAUAAGGGUAUGGACUAGAGACAACAACUUUAAGUACAUCACUCUACAACAAUGGAUCAAGUUGUGGUGCUUAUUUUGAGAUUAAGUGUGUUAACGAUCCUCAAUGCUGCAUACCAAAUGCUGGAACUAUUAAAGUAACAGCCACCAACUUUUGUCCUCCCAAUAAUGAUAAACCUAAUGAGAACUGGUGCAACCCACCACUAAAACAUUUUGAUUUGUUUAUGAAAAUGUUUAUCACAACUGCCCAAGAAAAAGCAUGAAUUAUUCUUGUUCAGUAUCGUAGAGUCCCAUGCACUAAACAAGGAAGAGUUAAAUUUAAGGUCAAAGGAAACCCAAAUUGGAUUUUAGUAUUGAUUUACAAUGUCGGAGGUGUUGGUGACAUUAUUAUGCUUCGAAUUAAGGGCUCUAAGACUAAUUGGAUACUAAUAUCACGUAAUAAUGAAGUAAAUUGUCAAAUUAGGACCAACCUCAUAGGACAGUUUAUCAUUACAAGUAACCAUAAGUGA